AUGUGGAAGAUGAUCACUUUCAGAUCAGAGAACAUGGGUCUACUACUAAUGGCCAAGGAAGUGGACUUUGAAGUUGAGUAUCGUGAGGAAUACAUCACAUCAAUCACCAUAUCAUGGAGCAUCAUCUCAACAGAUCCUUAUGUGACUGAGAUUGAGUUCCUUACUUCAUACUCGAGAUCUCAAGUUCUUGGCAUAGUGAAUAACAACUAUAUGUUGAAGCCAAAGAAUGGAUUGGGACCAAAGCUUGUGGGAAUUCUUGGAUAA